AAUCUUGAAAUUAGCACCGAAAUCUUGUUUUUUCUCGCCCUUUGCAUCAUCUCACUGAACCUUCCUUGGACUGUAACCUCGUCACCUAAUCUGAAAUCGGAGUUCAGUCGAAGAAGACGAAGUUCGGUUGACGUCGGCGAGUGAACUCCGGUGAGAGAAUUGUCGCUGUGUAGAAGUUGCAUCCUUAUGUUCGAAAAUCCCUAAUUUUAAAAACCCAAGGUUGCUUUGUCCCAAAUUGGUCGAGCUCCAAUCGCCUCUGUACCCGGAGUUUCUUUUCUUCAAAUAUGGAUGAGAACAUGAAACAGUUCCAAAAUAAAUUAACGGAACUGGAAGUGGAAGCUGAGCAUCAUCUUUUAGCCCGACAACAGCUGGUUGAGAAUGAUAGAUUGAGAAAUGGGAAUAGAGAAGCACUUACUGCAUUAAGGAAACGGGCUCGGACAACAAUGAGCAGUGUUCCAUCUCCUUUUGAAUCAAUGAUGAGGGGAGUUGCUGGGACCAGCUCAAGACCUUUGGUUCAGGAGGUUUGCAACACCUGCGGCAACCAUAACUCUUCUUAGCCGACAUGGAUGAUGUUUCCAGGAACAGAUCUGUUUGCCAGAAUUCCGUUUCAUGCAGCUCAUACUAUAUUGGAAACAGAUCAAGCGAAGCUUGACUUUGAGUCAAAGAAACUACAGAGCAUUAUGAAGGAAAAAGCUUACUUUCUAUCAGAGUCAGGUGUUCUUGCAGACAAGAUAAGCCCUGGAGUGCUCAAGUCGCUUGUAACCUUAAAUGACAAGGGAAAGUAAGAUGCUUUGAGCUGCUAUAUAGUGAGAAAAAGCUUGUCGUGGCAUUGUCAAAUGGGUCGAAAAUGUCAGUGUUUUGUGGGAAAAUCUUUCUUGAGGCAUUUAGGUUAGGUUACUUAUCUAGUCUGUUACUGCAAUUGUGUACAUUUUUUCCCCAAGUUUAUAUACUAUGAGUACUACACUCAAUCCUAGAAA